CAAUAGGACGAAACGGCCGUCUAGCGCUUCCAGAUUUUCAAUGGCGGUCUAACAUCAAUCUGUGCAUGAUCUCAAUCAAAAACUUAACAAUCUUUCCAACCCCUAAACUGAUAAUUAAUGUUAAUAGUUAAAAUCAAGGUCAUUUUCACUAUCCCCCCCUACACACACAUAAGAGUAUUAUUUGAAAUAACAUGAUAAACAAAAUUCACAGAUUAUGUAUUAUAGCCAACUAGAUUAAGCGUAAAAUACAAUGUAUUCAUCACAUAUGUUCAUUUGUUUAUCCCCAUUUCCUAUCAUUUCAUGUUAAUCAACCCCAUUGUAUGAUCACUAUUUUAUACAUUUUUGGCCUAGAUACUAAUAAUCACAAUAAUUCAAGUGAAUUUCAUAUUUAAACAGUGAUUUAUUUUCAUUAAUGAAUUAGUCAAAUGAUGUCUUACUUAUGGGUUAUUAACAAUUCUAUUUCUUUAUUUUCCUACUUCUUUAUUUUUCAUUUUAAGUAAAAUGAGUGAUUCAACUGAUAGAAUGCACAUGUAUAUACAUAUGCAUAUACACGAAGAAGCAAAUUAUACUACUUCCAAUACUACUAAUAAUAAUAAUGAUAAUAAUAGUAAUAAUAAUAAUAAUAAUAAUAAUAAUACAGAAAAUACUCAGAGAAAAUCAACAAUUUACACAUCAACUAGAAAGAGAUCAUCCGAAAGUGUAUAA